AUACUCCUACAGCGUGUUUGUACUUGUGCAGCCACCACAGCGUAGAAGAAGAAGAACAAGAUGGCGGAACGAGGCUACAGUUUCUCACUCACCACAUUCAGCCCCUCGGGUAAGCUGGUCCAGAUUGAGUACGCGCUGGCAGCUGUAGCAGCCGGAGCUCCUUCAGUCGGCAUCAAAGCUUCCAAUGGAGUCGUCCUCGCAACAGAGAAGAAACAAAAGUCCAUUCUGUAUGAUGAGCAGAGCGUCCAUAAAGUGGAGCCUAUCACAAAACACAUAGGCAUGGUCUACAGCGGCAUGGGGCCUGACUACAGGGUUUUGGUUCGAAGAGCCCGUAAAUUAGCACAGCAGUACUUCCUUGUUUACCAGGAGCCAAUCCCUACAGGUCAGCUUGUCCAGAGAGUGGCCUCUGUCAUGCAGGAGUACACACAGUCUGGUGGAGUGCGCCCGUUUGGUGUUUCAUUGCUGAUUGCUGGAUGGGAUGAAGAUCACCCCUACCUGUUCCAGUCAGACCCCUCUGGCGCUUAUUUCGCAUGGAAAGCCACAGCGAUGGGGAAGAACUACGUCAAUGGCAAAACAUUCCUUGAAAAAAGGUAUAACAAUGACCUGGAAUUGGAAGAUGCCAUCCACACAGCCAUCCUGACAUUGAAGGAGAGUUUCGAGGGUCAGAUGACAGAGGAGAACAUUGAGGUUGGGAUCUGUAACGAGGCCGGCUUCAAAAGACUCACUCCUGCAGAGGUGAAAGACUACCUGGCAGCCAUCGCGUGAACACACUCUCCCUGGUGACGGGGCUUUCAGGCCACAUUCAAGACAAAGAGAUCAUGGCACAGUAGUCAACUGUCUCAUGGUCUAUAUUUGUAAACUGUAGUAACUCAGAAAAUUUGGAUAAAUUGUGUUAUGGCCAAAAUAUCUGUCUGCCAUGAAAACAUGAGAGGAUAACUGCAAUCAAAUCAGCCUAUUUCAGAUUACUAAAAGAAGAUAAAUAAAACGCAUGUUUGGGAUAUCAAGACCUUUUUACUUAAAGUGACAGUGCAACUUAAAGAGCUGUCUCACACCUGCAUUAUCACUAACAUGGAUUGUGUGAUCUCAAAACAGAUCACCUUAGAAUAAUUUGGCUUUUCUAUGAAAAAUAAAAGAAUGUGGCGGUUGACUACUGUGCUUAUGAAGAGGAAUGUGUGCUCUGAUGAGUAAAAUCUCAUUUUUUCUGAUUGAAUCCUGUUAUUGCUGCCUGUGUUUACUCAAAAUGACUUGAAUGAGACGGUUAUGACAGAAAGCCUCUGGUCUUACAGAAGUUAAAACAUGUUAAAAUGUUAGGAUGAUUCCUUGUUAGGGACCAAAAGAGCUCCGGUCUCUGGGUUGAUUUAUUCAUUCUGAUCUUGUCCAUUUCUCUCCUGACUGCACUUCAUUAAUAUCCCUAAAACACAAGUAAGGAGGACCAGAAAAGGGAGCUAGCAGAGAGGAUCCAAUGAAAAGAUUAAAUGAGAUUUUACAGUCAGCUUCUUUUUGCUUGUACAGCAGUUUUACACAAUGUACUCUGAUUUCUUUUUCAAGCUAGAAUCAAUUCUAGAGUUUGUAUUUUCUCUUCUGGUAUCAGUCAUUCAUUCAAUAAAAGAUGGAAAGUUGA